UUUCCGGGACGCUCCAUGCAGUGCGCACAGCUGUGUGGUCCUCCCGCACUGUGAGCGGUGCUGUGCCGAGGCUUUUUUUAUUACCUGCUGUGUGGCGUCUGUUUUUUUUUUAUCUCCAUUCAGACAGUACUGACGCAUCAGUAGACUUCAUGACAAUGUGCAAGGGUAUGGUCAGUUCCUGAUGGCCCAUGUCUAUCAAUCCCAGGCAGGUAACGCCGACACGAGUUGUCCCUUUACUGAAUCUGUGCAUGACCUGGGAGAUGGAGAGGCAGAGCCCAGGAGAGAAGCAGGCAGACACUAAUAGGACUGAAGCCACCACCCCCACCACAUCAGCUGCCAUCACCAUGGCAACAGUCAGGCCCAGCAGCACCUGCACCCAGGCACCCUGCACUUCCCUCAGCAUCAUACCACCAGACAGACAAGCAGUCCAGGUGAUCCAACAUGCCAUCCAUAGACCUCAGAGCAUGGCAGCUCAGUACUUGCACCAGAUGUAUGCAGCUCAGCAGCAGCACCUCAUGCUGCAGACAGCAGCCCUGCAGCAGCACCAGCACCCUCCCCAUCUGCAGAGUCUGGCCACCAUACAGCAGGCCUCAUUGUGCCAGAGGCAGUCUCCUUCUUCAUCCACUGGCAGUUUGGUUCAACCUGCUGGUGUUUCCCAAAACUCUAUUACUUUACCAGUAUCACCAGUGACAGCCCAGCUGAUUGGCCAAACUCAAACAUCCAACUCCACUGCUGCUGCAACUACCAUAUCCCAGCAGGCCAUGCUUCUGGGAAACAGACCGGUCAACUGUAACCAAGCUCAGAUGUACCUUCGAACUCAGAUGCUUAUUCUAACACCCGCAGCCACCGUGGCUGCAGUUCAGUCAGACCUCCCUGCUAUCACCUCCUGCUCCUCUCUGCCUACCUCUUCUCAGGUGCAGAAUCUAGCUCUGCGUGCCCACUUGCCUGGUGCUCUGACUACUGCCCACAGUGUAAUCCUAAAGCCAUCUGCCCAGUCCCAAGCUCUGACUCCAGCUGCCUCUUUGUCCAAGACUUCAAUCUCUUCUCUGAAGACCAACCAGCUGACUGACACCUCAACAGAAACAGGGCUGACCAGUGUCCCACGACUGGCCUCGGGACCCCAGAUUAUAACUCCAGCCUACUGCCCAGUGCAGGCCCACGCACUGGUCAAGCAACAGUUCUCCAGUCCACCAGGCCAGCGUGUGGCGCACCACCAGCUCAUCCUCCAGCAGGCUACAGGAGCACCUCCUAACCCCAGACAGCGCCAGCCCAUCGCUCUCAGAAUAGCACCACAAGAAACCAACUCCAGCCCUCUUCCUCUUUCAUUUAAAAAAGUGGCCACUCCCAGCACCCAGUCUCAAAUCAACAAUGACCACCAGACCUCUUCAUCUUCUAAAUCUGUGACAAGUGUAUUUGCGCCAUCAAAUCACACCCCAGUCCCAGCUGCCACUGUUCAGCCUCAACCUCAGCCCCCUCCUCUGGUGGCCGCUCCGCAGCGUCGGACCUCAUUCCCACUAGUGCAGAACAAACCUCCGCCUCCCCCUCCACCUCUGGUUCUCACCAGGCUGCCCCAGAACCCGGCAGCCUCCAUCCACAGGCUGUCCAUGCAUUCAGUCCAGGCUUUGGCCAUCCACUCAGGACAAGCGCUGCUGACAGAGCAGGAGCUGCCUGUAGCGGAGGCCUUGGUCCAGAUGCCCUACCAGAACCUGCCUCCUCCUCAGACUGUGGCUGUCGAUCUGAAAGUGCAUCCGAUCAGACACAAUAAAACUCCAUCGUUGGAGGAAACAUGCAAAGUGAAUGGAGUGAGCUCAGAGGAGAGGAAAGAUGAACUUUCUCCAAGUCCACAGACACAAGAGACCCCUACACCUCUCAUUGUGCCUACUAAGCAAAAUGCAGGGGUGGGUUCAUCCUCUGUCAUAUCCAGCCAUUCAAUGAUCAGAUCGCCUCAGGUUGAGGAGCCCUCCCAGCUCACCACCACCAGCAGCAGCAGCCACAACAACAGCAACCAUCCUCCUCCAACGUCUCCCCUACGUUCUCCCAUCCUCCCUGCUGCAGUACGAGCCGCUAGCCAGCCUCCCUCUGCCCCAGCCUGCCUCCCAGGAAGCCCCGACAGGAUACUUACAAACCACGUCCUCACACACCUCAUAGAGGGCUUUGUGAUCCAAGAGGGCCUGAAGCCGUUCCCGGUGGGCCCUUCCUCAUUGUUAGCGGACCAGCAUGCUUCACUUCCAGAGCCCCAGGACAUUCAGACCAACGGGACUGCAACAGCAGAGGACAGUCCUCUGGACGCCGAGCAGUCAGAUUCAACAGAGUCAGAGAUGGAAAACGAUGGCCCUGCAACAGAUGUUGCAGAGCUUGGGGAGAGUGUGGCAGGUGUGCUGCAGUGUGAAUACUGUGGGAGCAGAGGUUACGCUCACACGUUUCUGCGCUCCAAGCGCUUCUGCUCCAUGACAUGUGUCAGAAGGUUCAGUGUGAGCUGCACCAAGCGUAUCACCACGCUGAGAGCAGUUCACUGGGGUCACAGGCCAAUGGGCAGGAGAGGACGGCCCCCCGGCAGAGUCAACGGAGCCUCCAGAGAACACGUUCUAAGACAGGCUCGUGGGUCACUCGGCUCAGAGGAGACCCAACAGAGCUCACUGAGAGAGGAGGAAGAGGAGGAGCAGCAGGAGGAGGAGGAAGAGGAACCUCCCGUUCCCAUGACGACCAGGCUCAGGAAGCAGGCCGAGAGGGAGCGGGAGAGGGAGAGAGAGCAGAGGACAACAGCAACAAUCAGUGUUUCUGAUGGAGAAGAAGUUGUCGACUGUCCAUCCCAAUGGAAUGUAGAACAAGUGUUCUCUUACAUCAGCUCCCUGCCAGGUGGUCAGGACGUAGCCAAGAAGUUUCGUUCCCAGGAAAUCGAUGGACAGGCCCUGCUGCUUCUCACAGAGGACCACCUGGUCAGCACCAUGAACCUUAAACUGGGGCCUGCACUGAAACUCUGUGCCCACAUCAAUUCUUUAAAAGAUGUAUAAAAGACCGGGAGGAAGAAAAACCCAACGAUUUUUUAAAAACUCUGCACAUCUGCAGAGACAGUAAGGAAACACUGCUCAUGAUGGAGCUGUCUGGCUCAUCUGUGGACUCGCACAAAGACACAGCAGAUCAUGCUCAAAGCACAGAUGACAGAUUCAUUCCAUGAGACCACUUUGGCUCCAGUUAUCCAUUUGUUUCAAAAUGGUUUUAAAAAUUGUUUGUAUCAUUUGUAAACAAAGAGAACAACCGAACAUUUUGAAUAUCACACAUAAGCAACGCUGUACAAUCUCACAGUUUACAAAGCAGAUGAUUGUCUGCUAUCUUGGGAGUGAAAUUUGAUACAUUUAAGAUCAGCAAACAGUUUUAAUGAAUCAAGAAAAGCCGUCUAAUUACAAGGUUAUUUAUUAUUUGUUACUGUCAUAAUUAAAAU